AUGCUUUUUGGAAACAGAAGCGAACUUCUAAAACUCACGACAGCACUGAACUUGCAUGUCAUCCCUGAUUGUGAUGCCACUUCUCUAAAUCGUAUCUGGGAGAUGGUCAAAGCCUUUGAUAUCGAGUGUUUUGAUGUGAAACAUGAACUCCGUACAUUGUCGACUACGACACGUCCAAAAUCUUUAUAUGAUCUUACUUAUGGGUUUGCUUGUGACAUAAAUAGAACGAUGAGGUAUGCUAUCACAAACGGCCGGACGGAUUGCAGUGACUUCUUUUUAACAAGAAUCAUGCAUGUUUUCGUUCUAUAUCAUGCGCUUCUUUAUUACACAUGGCCCAAUGCCGUGUUUUACGAUAUGGUGGUAUCAUAA